AUGCUUGGACCUCUUGAUGCUCGUCUCCAGGCCCUCCGCCUCCAGCUCGACCUCCUUCAGAACCAGCUGAUCGACCGCAUCCGCCCCGCCCGCUAUAACCAGCUCGUCACCUCGCGCGCGUACCUAAUCCGCCUCUACGAGGAUCUCGAUGCCAUUGAGCACGGCUACGAGGCUUCCCUGCCUGGCUUCUACUCCGAUUUACCUAUCGGACAUCGCAUUCUUCUCGCCCUCGCGCAGCGCUCGGACAUCCGCGAGCGCGAACAAACUGAGCAGGCGACGUGGCAAGAGAUGGCCCAGAGGUUCACGCUGGAUGCGCUCAUCCCCCGCUGGCGCGAGAUCGUGCGCCAAGAGCACGGCGUGCGCAACGACGGUUUUGCCACAGAGGGUCAUAUGCCGCCAUUUCAGACGGUCGACCAGGAGGCCGCUCAUGUUGGUCGACUGGAAGAUACCUACGAAGGACUCGAGCUCGAAGAGAUCCAGCACCUUGAAUUCGGUGGCAUUAUGCCGAAUGGCCAGCGGCUCUGGUUCGAGAACCUGCAGCGGAACACGACGAUGCAGCUGCGCAACAACUACGAGGUAUGGCGGAUGAACCAGCCCGAGCCGUACUUCGAUCCCGUCUUCGGCCAUCCCUUCGACAUGCCACCGCCGCGAUACGAGGCGCAGCCGCCGAAUCAAGCUCAGCCGCAAUAUGAAGGGCAGCCGCUAUACGAAGCUCAGCCGCCCAUGCAAGCGCACAACAUCAACCCAUUCGCGGGCAUGCAAGACCCAUUCUACGACCAUCUCUGGCCUGGAAAUGGUGUGCCGUAUGGGAAUGGCGCGCCUUUCGAGGAUGACGACUCACAGGACGACCGGUCUUCAAACAACGGCAACGGAAGUAGCGGCUACGAUGACACUGAAACUGAGUCUGCAAUGUCCAGCUCCAACUCCUCGCAGUUUUACAGGACUCCGACGCCGCCUGCUGCACGCCUCGAUAAUCAUCCUGCUCCUCGCCUGGAUAAUCAUCCUGCUCCUCGUGACGGCCACCCGACUGCUCCUCGCGUCAACAACCAGUCAGCUCCUCGCGUCAACGACCAGCUCGUUCCUCCGGUCUAUAACUCACCUGCGCGUGGCCUCAACAAUCACCCCGCUCCUCGUCUCAACAACCUUCCGCCUGCUCCAGUCAACAUCACGACGCUCCUCAACAACGGGCAGCCCGUCCAGAACCUCUCAAACGUCCGGACCCAGUUUUCGCCUCCCUCGCCCCUCACGCCGCUCAGCAGCGAGGGCUCGGGAGUCUUCGGCAGCGCUGGCUUUAAUGUCUGCGUCGGCGAGGGCUUGAGGGUCACCUCGAACGAGGGCUCGCGGAUCUUUGUCAAGGAAGAAUCGCCAUCCAUAUAUGAAGAGGAUGCUCGCGGGCUUGCCAGCCUCAUUCCCAGUCGCUGCGGCUCGGAAGACACCGCCCGAUUCACCGACUCUGACGCCUGCAGCGAUACCAGUACCGAGCUCGACACCAGCACCGAGCUUGACGCGGAGCUUGACAUGGACGCCGAGUAUGACAGCGAGUGCGACAGCGAGUACUACCCGAGCUCCGAGGGCACCGUCCGCUUCUAG